GAAGUGGGCGCCGGGCGGCGCUGCCUGCCCCGCUGCUGGGAGCGGGUGCGGGGGCGCGCGGCGGGGGCGGGGCCUACAGGCGGUGGGAAGGACCCCCUCUCGCCCGGGGACUCCGCCGGGUGGGGCGGCCGCGACGGCGGCGGCGCGGCCAUGAAGCUGAAGCUAAAGAAUGUGUUCCUCGUUUACUUCCUGGUGUCGAUCGCCGGCCUGCUCUACGCGCUGGUGCAGCUGGGCCAGCCCUGCGACUGCCUCCCUGCCCUGCGAGCAGCAGCGGAGCAGCUCCGGCAGAAGGAUCUGAAGAUUUCCCAGCUGCAGGCUGACCUCCGACGCCCGCCUGCCGUCCCCGCGCAGCCUCCUGACCCCGAGGCCCUGCCGACCAUCUAUGUCAUUACCCCCACCUAUGCGAGGCUGGUGCAGAAGGCUGAGCUGGUACGGCUGUCUCAGACGCUGAGCCUGGUGCCCCGGCUGCACUGGCUGCUGGUGGAGGAUGCCGAGGGUCCCACCCCACUGGUCUCAGGGCUGCUGGCUGCCUCCGGGCUCCUCUUCACCCACCUGGCUGUCCUUACACCCAAGGCCCAGCGGCUCCGAGAGGGUGAGCCUGGCUGGGUGCGGCCUCGGGGUGUGGAGCAGCGGAACGGGGCUCUGGCCUGGCUCCGGGGCCAAGGGGGCGCUGUUGGUGGGGAGAAGGACCCGCCACCCCCUGGAUCCCCAGGAGUUGUGUACUUUGCUGAUGAUGACAACACCUACAGCAGGGCUCUCUUUGAGGAGAUGCGCUGGACCCGGGGUGUCUCAGUGUGGCCAGUGGGGCUGGUUGGGGGCCUGCGUUUCGAGGGUCCUCGAGUACAGGAUGGCCGGGUGGUGGGGUUCCACACAGCGUGGGAGCCCACCAGGCCCUUCCCUAUGGACAUGGCGGGGUUUGCGGUUGCCCUGCCCCUCCUGCUGGCCAGGCCGGAUGCACAAUUUGAUGCUGCUGCCCCUCGAGGCCACCUGGAAAGCAGCCUCCUGAGUCACCUAGUGGAGCCCAAGGACCUGGAGCCACGGGCUGCCAACUGCACCCGGGUGCUGGUGUGGCACACUCGGACAGAGAAGCCCAAGAUGAAGCAGGAGGAGCAGCUGCAGCGGCAGGGCCGUGGCUCAGACAGGGCUGUGGAGGUGUGAUGGCCUUGCCAUGCUUCUGGCUCAUUUCAGGCACAUGCCUCGUGGGGCUCUUUAGGCCUGACCCCUUGCCCAGGGCAUGGCCCGGCUGCCUGUCCUCCCUGGCACUGCCAUGUAGCAGUGCCCUGGCUGGGCUGGGCAGGGGACAGACAGAUUGGGGGAUGGGUAACUUAUUGGGGUUAGCUUGCUGAGGGCUGGGGGAGCUGGGCUGGGCACUCCACACCUGAGCAUGUGAAUCCCCUCCUGCCUCCAGAAUAAACACCCCACCUGAGCCUGUG